AAUCAGUGCUAUCAGUCAGGUGCUGCUUAUUUCUACAACUAAACAAUCGCUGACAUCGAAAAAACAGGAUCAAUUUAUUUGAAUAAGCUUGAAAAAUUGUGAGAGAGGAAUGCUCCAGAAAUUAAAACUAUGAGAGUGUAGGUGCUGACAACUUUAUAGUCAAAGCAUCAGUAUUGAGCGAGCCUUUCUAUGUCCAUGGUCAAGAUAUGAAUUACUAUCAGGAAGCGCACAAUGACUUUAAUGAUGAGUCAAUGCUUGGUCCCAUAUCUGAACCAAGUAAAGAUGAUCAAGAUCUGGAGUUUGAUGCCCAAAUCAAUGCUUUACUUGAUGAAGUUGACCAAGAUCUUGCAGAGGAUAUUGUUCCACCAUCAAGGGCAGAUGUUAAAGCAGAUUCUUUAGAUGAUAAGAAAGAACAGUAUGAAGAUUAUUAUCAUGAGUUUCCUGAUGAAGCACAUGAUGAACCAAAUGAAAUACCUUCUUGGUACAAUGAAAUGCUUCAGAAGAAAGUUAGGGAAACAAAAAGACGACUCAGUGAAUUGAGUAGUGUUGUUUGUAUGGUUAGUUCCAGCACAAGAGAAAUCAUCACUAGAAUAGAGCAAGAUCAUAAUACUCCUUUUUGUAAACUGGAUCCUCCAAAACACCCUUCGUUAAAAAAACCAUGGACAAAUUAUUGGAGAUUCAAUUGUGUGACUAAAUGUAGUGCUCUAUCAACAGAUGAUGAACAUGCUCACACGGCUGAUUGUGAAAUAUUAUUACUUGAACACGUUGGUACAUCAACAUCAACAAUGAGUGAAAAUAUUUUUGCGAGUGAAUUUCCAGAUUACAUAAUGAAAACCGUUGAGGUAUUUCAACGAUUUGCGGAUGUGACAUCAAAAGAUACAUCUUUACACAUUGAUGAUGACGAUUACGUUGACUCUGUAUACGAAAAACCAACCUGGACUUAUAUAAAAAUUAGAAGUAAUUACAAAAGUGAAUUACAGUUAACAGUUUGUGGCAAAGCUAUUAAGCCAUUAAUACCUCACUUGAAAAGAUUUUUCCAUUCUGGACCUGGUAGAGCAUGUAAUGUUGUAUCGUUAUACUGCAUAAAUGUAAAGUGGUCACAAAAAAAGGGUAAUUUUCCUCCAACGUUUUUGGAUGGUUGCUUGGAAUUGAGAGAUAAAGUUGGGCCCAUAACAAUCAAUUACACUCCAAAAACCAGUAUAAAUUUCAAUUCUAUAGAAGCCAUACAAUUGGGUUUGGUAAUGACCGAUUUCCUAGAACUUUGUAAUGAAACCACAUUGAUCGACAUAGGAUGUAAUUUUGGCGCACUGAGUCUUAUGUUGUCUCAUAAAUGUGAUAAAGUCAUUGGGCUAAAUACGUUACAGCAUGAGAUAGAUACAGCUGAAGGGGUAAAAGCAUUCAAUGGUAUAUACAACGCAACAUUUAUUACGUGUCAGCCAAGAGAUGUUCAGACCAAAUGUAUGCCAUUAGUAAAAAAAUGCAGAAGUGUUGCAAUGUUGCAUUUAGCAACACCAUAUGGUAAAAAUCCAAUGGUGUACAGAGCUCUUCGAGCAUUACCAGCUAUUUGGAGAGUCGUUGUAUAUGGCACAUUUUCAAAAGAAUUUUACAAACUUAUAACUACAUUAACAUCUACUGAUGAUGAAAUGGGACAUGAAUUUUUGCCAGCGAGAGGUUGUAUUAUUGAUAAAUCUCCAUCAGUGAAGGACGCCUUUGACAUUGUUAUUUUAUUUGAAAGACCACCUCUCAUUGAUAAGUCAGUUCAGUAUCUCCAAGCCAGUGGCUCAAAAGUCAACAUGAAAGAAGAAGACUGGGAUUCUAACAGCAAUGAUGGAUCUAAAUUUUCUUUCAAAAAAGAAAAAGUAUUCAAACCUCGGGGAAAAUUUGGAGGAUAUGAUAGCCCAUCGUUGCCCAUAAAGUCUGAGACUCCACAUGUUCGCCCAGUACUGGAUCCUACGCCAUAUAAUUGUGUUAGAGGUGCUGCCUUAAAAAAAAGCCGAGUUUUUGACUGUCCAUCAAUGCCCACUGAAACUUAUGAUGGUUCAUCGAAGUCAAAAGAUAAUGGUAUCAGACCCAAAACCGAAAAAUCGCUUCACAACCGACCCUCUCCAUCUUUAAGGAGAUCAGAGUUUGACUUUUUGUCAGACUCAAAUACCUUAUCUCCGCCAUCUACAAGAUCAGAGUUUGACUUUUUAGAUGCAUCGGUGCCAUUAACACCAAAAACAGAACCGUUUGAUCAGAAACUGGUAAAAAUGAAAAAAGAAAAGGCUUACGAAACUCCCUAUAACGAUUUUCCGGUACUAAAGCCUAAAUGGGAAAAGCCAUUUGAUCAGAAACAACCAAAGAGGAAAAUAAGAGAUCCAACAAAAAUAUUCGAUUAUCCGACUUUGGAGGAAGUAGAACGUAAAAAGAAAACAGCAGUAGUACCCCCACAACCCAUAAAAACUCGUACCCACAGUCCACCGUUGGCCAGUGGUUAUAAAAUCCACCCAUCAGAAAUAAAAAGAGAAAAAGAAUGGUCUCCUGAUCAAUUGGCUCGACUGUGCAACCAAUCAGUACCGGAAAUAUACGAAAAAGGCCCGUAUCACCCGCCUGUGCCCAAGGGACCGCCAACUAAACAUGAAAAAGAUCCCUACUAUCCACCUCUGCCAAAAGAACAACCUGUUGUAAGACAAGAAAAAGAUCAUUACAGUCCACCACUGCCGAAGCAAACUUUUACCGUGGAAAAAGUGCGAGUGAAGCCAGAGCCACGCUCACCUAGAGAGAAAGAGGAGGGGGAGCUGAGCUCGGACGACUCAAAUCAUGCGCCACUCUCCAACUUCAAAAAUGAACCUAUGGAUCUUGAUUCGAGUAACGUUAGUAUCAAGAGUGAGGCCAUGUCUAUAGAAAGCAGCAACAGCAGCAUGCCCAUUGUGAAACCAAGCAUUGUAAUAAAGAGCGAACCAAUUGACGUAGAUGACGAGGAACCAAUGAUCAUCGAGCCUCCGAAGGUAGAGCCGAUUCAGCCGAUUGUAAUAAAGGACGAUCCUGACGAGUUCGAGAACAUGAAGACACCAGUGCACGUCCCCGCAGCCUUAAGUACCAGUCAAUCGCCUUCGCCGCCGCCUGCGACGGCUAACUUCAAAACUAUGGAUGGCUUCGAAUUUUCGGUAAAGCCCCACCAAUCUUUUCUUGGUUUCAAGCAGCGUGAGUCUCAUCCCGACGUUGCCGUCAAGCAGGAAAAAAUCGUGGUGAAGGAAGAACCGUUGGACAGGCCGAGCAAUAACAGUAACAGCUGCCAAAUGAAAAAGGUAACAAGCGAAGACAAUAGCGUCAAUGACGACGAAGACAUCACGAUAAUCAGCGAAAAGCCGAAAAAAGAUCUCAGGGAUCGACUGAAGUACGUUAUAGAAGAUCAAAAGAAAAACUCGGAAGAAGACUUGCGCAAGCUCAUCGAGCAACGUAAGAAUCUACAGAAGCAACUCGUAGACGAAGAUUCCGACUACCAGCCAACAAUGGCCUUCCCCAGCCGACGGCCUCGUUCGCGUUCCGGUUCUCCCCUAAUGGAGCAAGGUUGGACUCGUCGGUACCGUUCUCCUGUCUCGGAAAGUUACUACCGGCGCUCGCCACCCUCGCCUCGCAGCGUGCGACGUCGUUCGCCAGCCUACUUGGGAGCUUCGUCGCCGGUGCGCUACUUCAGACGCACGCCCUCGCCUCCCUCGAAGUAUCCCAGACGCAUGCCACCGAGCCCUUUGAGAUCCAGACGGUCACCGUCACCUGUGCCGAGGUUUGGGCGCCCAGGGUAUCCGUACUCCAAGUAUCCAUCGUCGUACUCGAGGUCACCUCCGCCGAGACCGCAACGACGCUCGCCCUCGUAUGAACCUUACGUGCCAUCCGGAAGUGCAGCAAUGGCGGCUUACAGAUGGAGGCACCAAUCACCCUCGCCACCCCCUAAAAAGUACAAGUACAGAGAAACGUCGAGGUCAUCGUCAACGGUUAGAAGGAGUUCAGGAUCGCCAGUUCCGCACAGCAGCAGAAGGAAAUCGAGAUCAUCAUUAUCGUUGUCACCUCCACCUACCAAGAGGCACAAAAGCACCACGUCGGAAGAGAAAAAGAAAAAAAAGAAGAAAAAGAAGGAUUCUUCGCCUGGCAAAGAUUCUGAAGAAACAAAAGACAAAGUAGGAACUGAAACUGUCAAUCAAGGUACUGAUGAAUGGGAUAUUCCUGCAUUAAGCACACUGUCAAGUAAGCCGCAGACGUCGAAUUCGCCAGCAUGUAGCAGCCCCAAAGCUGCCGAGAGUUGA